AGCUGCCCAGGCGGUAGGCUCAGCUCCUGCUGGCACAGCCCACGGGCUGCAACAUGGGCAGCUGGCAGGUGGCCCAGCCAGCCAGGUGCGUAGCAGGCCGGCAUCUAUGAGUGAAGGUUGCAACCCAGCACAGUAACAGCAAGAAAGCACAAGGAGCGGCUUGAGGUCCUUGAUGACGAGGAGCUUGCCUUGAUCACAAGGCGGUUUAUGCGCUUCAACGACAACUGUAAGAAUUGGCGAAAAGGCAACAACACCUGCUUCAAGUGUGGCAAGCCUGGUCACUUCAUUGCUGACUGCCCCAACAAGAACAAACUCAAGAGCGGGUACAACUACAACAAGGACAAGAAGAAGAAGAAGAAGAAGAAGAAGAAGAAGAAGAAGAAGAAGAAGAAGAAGAUGAAGAAGAAGAAGAAGUACAACCGUGAGAAGAAGGAGAAGCGCAAGAAGGCCAAAGCACGUGCCUGCAUCGCUUCCGACUCCGACACCGAUGAUCACGAUGAUCCAAGCUCAAGUGAGGAGGACAACAACCGCAAGGCAAAGAAGGACGCCAAGAACAUCAACGGACUUUGCUUCUACAUCAACGAGAAGCGCGGCGAGUACUGUUUCAUGGCUCUCGAUGCCGAUGAGCACAAGGACAGUGACUCUGAGUCAGAAGCUGAGGUAAUGCAAAUUCGUGAACAACUUCUCCAAGAAGUAGAUGAUCUGAAUGAUUGCUUGCUCAAUCAAGAUAAAUUGAUCAAAAGAGCUGCUCGAGAAUAAUCCGAGCUGAAGAUUGAGCUUGAGAAAGCCUUGCAAGAGAUAGAUGUUUUUAAAUCUGUUCCUACUGUUGAAGAUAUUUCUGAAUGUGAUGAAUGUUUUGUUCAUAUGGCUAGUCUAGCUUCUUUGCAAUCUAAGC